AUGGUCGCUGACGAGCAUUCCAACGCGGAUGUACCGGCCACAAACCAGUCCGACCAGGAGCAGGAGCAGCACGGCCGGGGUGAGGCUGUCGAAGCGGCCAGCGACGCCGAUCACCACGACGACAAGCCCGUAACCCAUGCUGACGACACCGCCUCUCCUCCACCGAUCGCCAAGGUCAAGCAACGACACAACACCAACACGUCGACCGCAUCAUCCCACAAGGGCACCGGUGGGGGUAUCAAUGACGAGAAUGCGACCCUCGCCGCCCUCGCCGCGGCCUCGUCGUCGUCGUUGCCCAUCUCGCCCUCGUCGGACAAUCUCCUACACAGCAUAGGCAAUGGGAGGUCAUCACCGACAGUACAGGACCAUAUCGACGACUCUUCCCCCUCCUUCAUGCUCGUGGCGUCCCUGCGAGCUCAGAUCACCGACCUCAAGUCCCAGGUCACGUCGCUCAACUCCAAGCUCGUCACCAGCUACAUCCGCCACGGCGAUCUCGAGGACGAGCUGCAUGACUUCAAGGCCAGGGACGCGGUCACACGGCAGCGGCUGCAAGAGUUGGAACAGAAUAACAAGCGAUGGGAGAGAGAGAUUGAAGGCGGCGGAUGGGUCGAAAGGGUCAGUAUUACUCUGUCCACGCUGAUGGCGCACCGCCUCUGAGGAACUCGUCAGCUGACUGUCGAUAGAUUGUGACUCUCGCCGCCCCUCUCCACAGGAUCACGUCCAAGGUGAAAUGCAACGGUUGAUGACACAAGUCUUGGCCGAAACCGCCUCCCGCGAAACGGCCGUGCAAGCCCACUCGGCCCUCGAGACCGAGAUCGAAUCCCUCACCUCCACCCUCUUUGACGAGGCCAACAAGAUGGUGGUCCACGAACGCAUCGCCCGCGCCAAGGCGGAGGAAAAGAUGGUCAGCUUCGACGAGCAGACCCAGGCCAUGCAAGGCGUCAUCGAUGGAGUACAGACCAAUCUACGCGAGACCGUCACUCGCCUCGAGGAGAAGGAGGUUGAGGUCAAGAUGCUGCGCAAGAAGCUGGCCGACGCCGGUAUCUUGGUCGAUGAAGCGGAAGGAUCAUCUUCCACGACUGACGCAGUCGACGGAUCCGAAUUGGCCGUCAUUGUCUCCGAUGGCGUCAGUGUCACACCUGUGGUCGGAUCUGGCACACCGACGGCCCUCACCUCGGCCCGUGCGCCCAAGUUGGACGUCCUGGCGCCACGACUCCUCAACUCGGUGCAACCCUACCACGAAUUCCUUGCAUUCGUCACCUACUUGCGUCAAUUGCGUGUCAGCGUUCUUUCCAAGCCGCUCGACUCGCCAUCUUACUCGCAUUCCCUUGCGACCCGCUCUUUCAGCACCGGCGCAAGCACACACACCCCGACCAACUCGGCGGGGUCUUUGCCAUCCGCUCACCCCUCCCAGCUUCUGGCACCUCACCUUCCACUCUCAACACAUCUCUCACAACCGUUCCUCAAGCGAUGCAUCGAAGAAGAUUCUGACCCUUCUCUACGCCUCGACCUCGCUCCCGGACUGGGCUUUCUGUCGCGACGUAACGUUGCGCAAGCGAUCUACGACGGCCAGCUCGUCAUCGAACCUCUCUCUUUCGGCGCUACACUUCCUUCGGCCAACUGCGCACUCUGCGGGACCGGUCUGGAACGCUGGAGCGCAGGCGCGAGCGUCGCGAAGCCAACCAUUCUGCCCUCGAAUGCGGCUUCCGUCGGAGCGUCUGUCAAUUCGACAAUGCGCAAGGUCUGGGGCUCUGGAGCCUGGAUCACGGGUGGAGCCUCCUCGACGUCUUCCUCGGGGACAGCGACGCCUCCGCAUCAACCCGAGCCCGUCUCGGCAUCGACGAUCAAAGACUUCACCCUUCCGCAGCCGACCACACUCGAUGGUAGACGGCUGCACGUCCACGUCUUCCGUGUGAACGACAGCUCGACGAGCAAGUAUGCUGUGUGCCCUUUGUACUGCCUGGGUCGAUUGAGGGCCGUCUGCGAAUUUUGGACCUACGUUCGUGCUUUGGAGAGGGGCCUCUUGGUCGAAGAAGGCUUCAAGUUCGUCAGAGGGCGAGGAUCGAGCAUCUUGGAUGCGUCGACGUCAUCGGCGAAUUUGCCGGAGAAAGUCAAUAUCGCUGUCGAGGAAGAGCAGGGGCAGAUCGAGGAGACGCAACAAGGGACGAUGAAUGGACUCGGCUUGGCCGAGGUCGAGACGGGACCUGCGGACAAGGUAGUCAACGUUGAGGAUGAGACGCGCAACGAUGCAGAGCCCGCCAAAGAAACCGAAGCAGCUACGGAUUCCGAGCGGGCCAAGGAGAAAGGCGUUACCGAGGAGGAUGACAAAGAUGAUGAGUUUGUCGAUACGAACGAAUCGGAGCCAACUGAAGCCGAGACCGACGGGGAAAAUAAGGAGGCUACGCUCGAGGAGAAGAAUAUCGAAGAUCCUUCGGCGUCGAAAUCAGAAGCCCCCGAUUCUACCAAGUCUACAUCGCCUGCAUUGACCAAGCCGCCACUCCCCAAACGUUCCGCGGCCCGCUCGCCCGUCCUCACACCCGCCUCACCUCAGUCUGAUCGACCCACCUCUCCAGUUCCUCGAGAUAGCACCCAGGCGUUUGAUUUACAAUCCUUGCCGCCGCCACCACCACCUCGCCGUCCCGCCGGCCCUCCCCCUCGGCAUCCCUCCACCGCUCCGAAGCUCAUCACAACAGUCGAGGACGUACUUGCUUCGGCACCGGGUUGGGAGGAUGCGUGCUGGUCCGAGGUUGUACGGUUGAAGGAAGCCGUCUUUUGGACGCGUAUGGCUGCAUUCGGGCGCAAGGGAGAAGCCUUGGAGCCGCGGAAGGUCGAGGUCGGAAGCAUCGAGUCUUAG